UUGGAGAAAAAAAUGAGACUAGUGGCAAAAAUUUUGGUUGUGCGUGCAGAGUGUAAAGUAUUGCUUUCAGUUUUAAAGAGUUUGAAUUAAUUUUGGAAGUGCAGACUACUUGAAAAUUCGCGCUUCACUUAAGCGUUUACACAAGAUAGUGUACAACAAAGGAAAAAUACGCAAGCGAAAAAAAAAUUACAAGCCCUACCACAGCGUUGAAAAAAAUAUAUAUAUGUACAAUUAACAGUGGCGCCUCAGCCAAGAGGGCAUCAACUUCAGCUUAUAUUUUUAUAGGGGUGCCUGGUUGCGAGCAACGGCGGUGCGAUAGCCCAUGUCGGUCGCUACCAUCGCCACUUUGUUGUAAAUCUUUUGAAGAAAAAAGAAUACAUAUUUGCUAAACCAAUACAUAAACAGGUUAGAUAGAACCGAUUACCUGCUAAAUUAUAAGCAGCAUGAUGGAGCCCGCAGAGUUACACCAACAAUACAAAGACUAUGAGCAAAAAGUCAAUGAAAUGCAAAAAUUGUUGCCCUGCUUGAGGCAGCGCAUUGCGACCGCAACGUUACAAAAUGAAAAUGUCGAAGAGCUGAGGAAAUUAAAGUUACUGCAGCAAGUGUUGUGUGGGCAGCAGGCUGCGGGUGACAGUUGGACACUGAAGGAACUGGACACGUAUGCAACAAUGCUAAAGGAUGCACCCAAUGCUACUAAUAUUGUACAUGAAGAGUGCAACACAGCAAGUAUAUCAGGGAACGAUAAGGAUAUUGAUCACAUUAAAGAAAAUUUGGGAAACCUAGAGACUGCUAAAAAUUUUAGUUUGAGUCCAAAAGUCAAUGCAGGAGAAAAAUAUGGACGUGAAACUGUAGAAAAUAAACAGCUCCUUCAAGAAAAAUAUGAAAUCGUAAAUGAAACGGGUAAGAAAGAAAAUGAAAACUUCGAAAAAGCAAGUGAAGGAUCUAUAACAGUUAACAAAAGAGCUGAAAAAGCCCGUGAAAGCACAGAAAACGAUAUUAUAAAUAAGAAAUUGGAGAGUUUGAUCAGAGAAACUGAAAAUGAUGAAAAAGUACUACAAUCAAGUUCUGCAACGUCCGACAAACAAGAUUUGGAAAACGAUGCGGAAUCAGAACAAAUGGACGAUAACUCAAAAUUUUCCAAAAAUGAAACUAAAGCAUCAACAACCCAAAACGAAAUUGGCAAUAAGAAAGUUUAUUUAGAAGAAAUCGGUCAAAAAACUGAUGUGCAUUUUAGUCACGUUGGCAAGGAAACUAUUAGCAACUUUGAAACCCCAGAAGAUACUGAAGAGAUGGAAUACGAAGGAGUGGAAUUAAUUAAAAUUCCAGAGGGACCUGUCGAAGAUGAAAUGAUUUUGCCUGACUCUGCGGAUGAAGCGGAAUUCUCAGUAGACAAGAGUGAUCGAGAGGAAGAAGAACAGAUUGGAGACGAGGAAAUGGAAAACCUCGAUUGCACUGAAAAUAAUGAGAAUAAAGCUGGUGAGAAAUACAGUGAAAACGUUGACGAUGGUGAGAGACAUUCUGACAACACGAGCCCACUGGAACAAGAGGAAAUAACUCAAGGUAGCGAUAGUAAUGCAAAGGUUAUGGAAUGCACUAAAGAGUUAAAUGAAAAUGAUACCGAAGAUGCAUACGAUGAAGACGCACAUUCGUUACAACCCGAGAUUGAGGAAAACAGUGAACCGCAUACGGGCAAUAACGAAGAAAAUUGCUCCAUACCAGUUGAGUUCGCUGUGGAAAUAGACAGCCGGAGUGGUACUGCGACAGAGCUAGAGGAGACGACACAUUGUGAUGAUCCACUUGGUCAGGCGGAGAGCGUACACGCUGCAGAGAUAGAAGCGGAUAACAGCCAACAAAGUAGUGGGGAAACUGCAGCGACCAGCGUAAACCUAAAUACCACUAAUAAGACUAGAACUACACCAUCAGUGAUUGCCAAGCCGUUGACCAAUGAUGAUCAUGAUGAUGACGAUGUGGAGAUUAUUGAGUCUCGUGACUCACCUAUUUGCCUGGAUACUGAUGAGGAGAACGAAAAAAAAAUCGACGACUCGGCUUACGACAGCACAAAAGUGAAAAAGGUAAAUAAGGAAUCGGCGGCAAUUGGCCACCAAUUUAACAUAACUACUAUUAAAACAGCCAAAUCCGUCACUGAGACAAUUGAACUGCUCGAUAGCUCGGACGAUGAUGAUGUGAUUCGCAAUAAUAAGUCGCGGAUAAAGCGUCGUAUAAAUCGUCAAAAUGUGGCGCCAGUUGCCACAAGAACUUUGAAUAAGAUGCCAGCCCAGCCCACGACGGUGGGUAAGAAGAGAACUCUUCUACCAGCUGUGCAAGCACAAAAACCACUAAAAAUAAGUCAAGUCUUAUCAGGUGGCGCAAUACCGUCAGCCUGUCGCGCAUUCAUUUCCAAAACGCUGUCGCCGAGUGCAACUGCAGUGAAGACACCACGAAGUGUACUGCUAUUUCCGCCAACCAGUUUCAAACCCACACCUCAAUCGAACUUUUUGAACGCUGUGAAUUUAUUACCGGCUACAGUAACAACCGGUGAUAAUCCGCUUGCAUUCUCUGCAACGCUUUCGAACAAAAAUAUUAUUAUACCGAAUGCUUUCUAUGCCAAUCGCCGUACAACAGCAAGAGAGGAAGAGAAAGAAACUACUACGUCGGCAACUUCGUCAGCUUCUUUGUCGAAAAACUCUAAAUUGCAGUCAUUAUCGGUGACGCAACAGCAGGAGCGUAUCUAUCGAGAAUGGUUGGAUGAAUUCAUCCAGAAUUUCGCUAGUCCCCAGCAGAUCGCCUCGCACUCAUGCCUGGUCCUAAUGCAAAGUGCUCUCAGAUAUAAGGUGUUUGCGCGCAUAAAAGACCUGCGCACUACGCUCAACAUCAAUGCGUACACAUCAGAUGGCACGACAAAUGGGCAGCUUACGCGAGAAUUAUACAACGCAUUCUAUACGAACGACUGUCGGCUGUCGGUCGAAGGUCUGCGUUUCUGUGCAGGUGUUUGCACACAGAUUGGCAACAAUGUGACGCUGAUGACAGAUGCGCAUACCGGCCGUAUAACAACGCGUACGAGUACCUAUGAGGAUUUAUUGGCAAAAUAUGGCACUGCCAAUGGUGGGGCGACAACAACCGACGAUAAGCGAAAGCGGCAAAAGGGCGACGAGGAAUAUACUCCAGCAAAGUACUACGAAAAAAAGGUAGAAAAGAGUAGUGCAGGUCAGGGAGAACGUCGUAAAUCGUUACGGCAGCAUCGUACACGUUGUUACGAUGAAACCUUUCUCUAUGAGCCUGAGGAAGCCGAUGACGUCGCAACACCUACAGUCGAACAAGCAGCAGCUGCCGAUAAACGUCGCCAGGAUGCGCAAAUGAUGGCAUUGGUGCAACGCAAGGCGGAGGAGAAAAGGCUAGAGGCGAAGAGACAACGGCAGCAGCAAGUGAAAUCCUUCGAAAGUGCCUACUUAGCAACGUUUGCCAAUACAUUGCAUGGAAAAAAUGUGAAAGGAUCAACUGCGGCAACGACCAAUAGUGAAAGUACAACACAAAACCGAAGUACGAUUGCCACGAAUUUUGCCAACACUCACAUUGUCAUUGAUGACGAAGAAGAAGGGAGUCUCGAAGACGAUGAGCCUCGUUCGCAUCGCAUUUACAAAGUAGUGCCGACUCGACUGCUGGCCGCUCCCAAACGUGCAGAAGGUCCUGUUCGCGCAGCGGAGGAUGUGUCGGGAGUAAAGCGCGGUCGGCCACGUAAGCAGAGCCUUAAAAAAUUGAAACAGCAGCCAAAAGCAGUCGAACCAGAGUUAAUUACAUGCGAUAGUACAUCGGGCGAUUCGACGAACGCUGAAGAUGAUUUACUUUUUGAGCCGGACAGUAAAGUGCCCAGGAACAUAAACAUUAACUGGCAUGCGGGUAGCAGUGAGUGGUGCAAGAUUUGUAACAAGCGCAUUCCACGCACCGUCUCCCACUACGUCAACGAACAUCCGGAUUGCGAGGUGUAUACUUCACGUAUACAGAAGGAUGUUUUAGCACGGGUGCGCAACCAAGGUGGUCAAUUGUUGGAGAUGCGUCCAUAUCUCAACGGGCAGGAGCAAUAUGCAGCGGAAUGUGUGUUUUGCAGUAAGACGUGCUGUUUUAAGCUCCCCUACUGGUAUCAGCAUUACUCGAUGCACACGGGAGAAUAUGCCUUUCGUUGCAGUGGUUGUAAUAUUCGCAAAACCACGCGAUCGGCUAUGAUGGGCCAUAUUCAUUUACCGUGCCGCAAGCGUGGCCAGUUAGUGGAAGAUUACACAUACAAUGCACGCGCUAAGCAGAUUGAAAUGUACAUCUGCACACUUUGCAAUUAUAUGCAGCUGAAUCGACCUAAUGUGUUAAAACAUUUGCGAACGCAGCAUGGUGUAGUAAAGAUUAAGACAAAGCAUAUCGAAAGUAUUAUCCUAUUACGAAUGCCAGAGCCAGAAAUGAAUAAAGCGCGCGAGGAAAUGAACGAGUUUAUGGAUUUGAGUAGUGGUGGCGAUGAGAGCAGCAGCCACAUGGCCAUGACUUUUAACUACGACAAUUUUGACGAAGCGUGUCUGGAUGGCAUGUGGGACGAUGGUGAUCCUACUGAUGACUUAUCCUACAUGAUAUGUGGUAUGCUGGAUGUGGAAAUGAGGAAUGAUGACGAGUAAACGCUAUUUAGAGCACUUGCAUUUGGUGGCGUUGUUGAUGUGUUGUCAUAUCGGUGAAUUUUUUAUUUAAUGCUUUUCGCAUUUUGUUUAAAGCCAUGAAACUAAAUUCUUUUUAUUUUAAUAUCCAUGUGGAGUUUUUUUUAUAUAUAUUCCUAACUUAGUUUUUAUGUUUAAUUAUAAUGUUGAAAAUUAUAAGAAACAAAUACAGUUAAAAGAGAUAAAUCUAACGUUCUUAGGUUGGCCUAUGGAAA